AUGAGCAACAGAUUCCUGGGCACCUGGAAGCUUGUCUCCAGUGAGAACUUCGAUGAAUACAUGAAAGCUCUGGGUGUGGGGUUAGCCACCAGAAAACUGGGAAAUUUGGCCAAACCCACUGUGAUCAUCAGCAAGAAAGGAGAUAUUAUAACCAUCAGAACUGAAAGUACCUUUAAAAAUACAGAGAUCUCCUUCAAGCUAGGCCAAGAAUUUGAAGAAACCACAGCUGACAAUAGGAAAACAAAGAGCGUUGUGACCUUGACAAGAGGCUCGUUGAAUCAAGUUCAGAAAUGGGAUGACAAAGAGACAACAAUAAAGAGGAAGUUGGUGGAUGGGAAAAUGGUAGCGGAAUGUAAGAUGAAGGAUGUGGUCUGCACCAGAAUUUACGAGAAGGUCUGA